CGCUCCGGCCCGAGCAGCCGCUGCUGGUCGCCUCAGAGAGUGCCCCGGGGCGGCGCGCGUCGGGUGGGCGACGCUGAUGUGUGGAGACCGAGAACGCAUUGAGGUGAACCGAACGCGACAGUGGGCAGGUCAGGUUCAAACGGUGCUGGAAUCGGUCGUGUGGUCGGUCGCUCUUUCAACUGGGUCACCUUUUAGCGAGUGCCAGUCCCACAAUGGCCAGAUACCGAGCCUGUCCGCUACUACCGCUGCUGCUGCUGCUGCCCACACUGGCGCUGGCCAACAACCUCGCGCUGCUGUCGGGUACGCUGCGCACGUUCCAGGUGGCUUCCUGUGACGGCGAGCUGCUGCGACUCGAGUGUCCGGCCGGCACCACCGUCUCCAUCCAGCUGGUGCAGUACGGCCGACUGGCCACCAACCCGACACUGUGCGGAUCGGCGGCCGACAUGCGCCGCUUCAACUACACCGAUUGCAUGGACAGGAGCGCGCUCAAGGUGGUGAUUGACGCCUGCGUCGGGAAGCGCCAGUGUCAGCUGCGUACCUCUGCUGCCCUGUUCGGGUCGACCCCCGAGUUCCGGACAAAGGUGGUGGUGUGUCAGGGCCAGCGGCGACCCAUCUACUGCGACCAGCACCGAGUGGCCAUCUACUCGGCCUCGUUCGGCACCGAACGGCGGGGAUCUGUCCACUGCCCCCAGCCGCCGGGCGUGAGGCUUACUG